AUGGGCAUCAAACCAAGCGAACUGCUGCCCAAGACGGUGGUCGAGUUCCUGGAGCAAGGCGUGAACCGAAAGUAUUCGUUGGUGGAGAAGGAGGCAGCCGUGCUGCGUCACGAGCAUUUCGAGCAGCUCCGCCAGCAGAAGCUCGAGACGAUUCGAGCGGAGCGUGAAGCGAUCAUCAACGGAUUGGGACCAGCACCACCUUCCACGGCGUUGAUUUCCGUGUCGGGGAAUGCUCAAUCACCCACGGGUGUGCCAAAUAGCCCCGCGCUACAGCUGCAAGUUGCCCCAGGUUUCCCUCCUCGACGAGUUCAGUCUGCGCGGCCCUGGAAGCACGUGCCUUCGGGCUCUGACGGAAGUCCCGGCGUUUUGGGCGACUCGACCUUGCUACAGCUAGAAGAGCGAAGACUGGCGCGAAUCAAGCUCCGCCAGCAGAAGGAUAUUCAAAGCGCGAUUGAGAUGGAGGCCAAGCUCGCUCGACUCCAGCAGGAGAAGGCUCGUCGAGCUGCGGAGGAGGCCAAACGACAAGAAGAUCAGCAGCGUAAGCAGCGGAUACGUCGAAUGCAGCUCGCAGCAGCGAAGCACGAGAACGAGAUCACCAAGAAGCGUGACGAGGACAAGGAGGCGCUCGAACGUAAAGCUAAACGACGAGCUGAAGCCGAACGCGAGCGGUUAUUAGCUGAGGAAGCGAAGGAGAAAGCUCGACUACGUUCUCUGGAGACGGCGCAGCGUGAUCUCGAGCGCCAGCAGAAUGCCGAUGCGUGGAGAGCUCACACUGAUGAACUAUUACGACAACAAGAAGAGGUGGUCGCUGCAAACAGGAGAAGAAUGUUGGAGAAGGAGCGACGGGUGGCCCAGAAGAUGGAGAACGCAAGCAAGCGGCGGCAUCAAGAAGCUUUGGAUCGGCGUGAAAAGGCGAACGCUCGGAUUCAGCACGUCACCUACCAGAACGAGUUGGCCAUCGCGCGUAAGAAGCAAGAGGUGACGGAUAAACAAGUAGCGGCAGCCGAUCGCGCGCGUGAGAUCCAGAAGAAGGCGCUGAACGAUCUCAAGGAGCGCGCAGCCAAGUCGAAACAGGACGAGCAGGUUCGCCAGAAGCGACUCGAAGCGGCUCAUGCGCUGCGGCAGAAGCACGUGAGCGAAUUACUCGCAAAACGCGAUCAACUUGAGAUGAAGAUGGAAAUUACACAGCAGGAGAGGGAGAAGACACGGUUGCUAGCACAGGUUGAGCACCAAUUGGAGAUGACACAAAAAGAGGAGAACGUUGCGCGCAUCCAGCGCAUGGAGGAAUACGCCCGUCAGCAGUUGAUACGGCGAAUUUCAUCCGCAGACGCCCGGUCUAGAGCAGUGAAGGAGCGGAAGCAAGCGCUGCUGCAAGCUCGACAACAAGUGUCCACUGAGGCGAUGAUCCGUCGCCAUCGACUCGCUGAGGCUGUCGAGAAGAUGCGGACGUCUUCGACUAAGUGGGACAAGAUUGAGGAGACUUUGUACGGGCUCUAA